CGACAACCACAGCACCAAUGCCGAACCCUCUUCAAUGUCUCCCACCGGGCUGAAUAAUGGAAAUGGCAGUUCAACCGUGGAGGAGCCCCCUGCUCUCGUUCCGUCGAUGUCCCAGUCGUCCUCGUUGAAUGCCAUCAGAGCAUCGCUCGCCGCAUUGCAUACCCGAGAUGCCUCCAUUACGAGUCGCCUCCAGGCUUUUAUCUCUUCACAAGCUGAAUUGUCCAGAGAACUUGGUAGAUUGGACCUUCUGCGGGCACAUCUCGGGACCCAAGUCGUGCAUACGAGGGACAUCAGCAAUGGAAUGCUCGACUCAGCGGCCGGGACGGCUUCACAUCUGUCCAGCAAGGUAAAGGAGCUGGAUCUGGAGAAGAAGAGGGUCGAGAAAACACUAGGGGUUGUGGAGCAGGUCGCCGAGCUGAAGGCAUGCGUACAAGGAGUUGUGGGGUCAAUGGGGGCUCCGCAGGACUGGGAGGCAGCUGCUGGGUACAUUGCAAGGGCGAACAAGAUUCCGAAGCACGUUAUCGAAGGUCAAUUCGCAGCCCGAAUAGUGCCCAGUGUCGAAGUCCCAGAUGCGCCGGGAGUCACAAUCGAGAAUGCGAAGGAAUCCCUAUGCGUGCUGUUUCUGCGCGAGUUCGAGAAAGCUGCAGAAGAGGGCGACGGAAGCAAGGUCACCAGGUUCUUCAAAUUGUUCCCACUUAUUGGGAGGGAGGAGACUGGCCUGGAGGUGUAUGGGCGAUAUGUCUGUCAGGGGGUUGCGGCUCGUGCUAGAGGGAGCUUAAGGGAGGGCACGAAGGGAAGUGCAGGGAAAGACGGGUUCUUCUAUGCGAACGCCCUGACGAGAUUAUUCGAACAUAUUGCGCAGAUCGUUGAGGGGCAUGGCGGACUAGUGGAGAGACACUACGGACAAGGCAAGAUGGUGAAGGUCAUUGAGAGACUACAGGUGGAGGCAGACGUCCAGGGCGGAAUAAUACUCGACAUGUGGGGUGACGAACGAAGUGUGGACAGGAGGUUGACGGAUGUCAAAAGCUACCCGUUCUCGUUUUUGGUUCAGAGCUUCAUGGCGCCACAGAGGAACUUGGGCAUCUCACGGACAAGCUCGCCGGCAGUUGGCGGUGGCACGAAUGGAAGAGUCAGCGAGGACGAGGGAGUUGAUAUGAAGGAAAUCGAUGGGCUUCUGAGCGAGACGGCUGUCAUGCUGGGGCGCUGGGCACUGUACUCUCGAUUUCUGGGUGGAAAGUGCAGAGAUGCCGAAAAGCCUGAGGAGCCUCUAGAGAUGCCAGAUUUACUUGUCAAGUCAGCUCUCAGUCGAAAAAUCUCAGGGCGACUAACAACACCGUUCAAUGUCAUGACUACUUUCUUCUUCCGAAGAUCCGUAGAGAAAGCAUUCCAACUGGAUGAAGCUCCUAGUGGCCUAUCUCUGAAUCCGUCGAGACCCCUUGAAGGCAAUCCUCCUUACAUCGUCUCCGCUGUCGACGACGUUAUGUACAUCGUGAACACCGUUCUUCAACGUUCUCUCUCUACUUCGCAACGGGAGGUUGUUGCUCAUGCAAUACCUACCAUUGGCCGCGUCCUUGGAUCCGAUUUUGUAGGCAUGAUUCAACGGAAAAUGCGAGACGAAUGCUAUCCGAAACCAGCUAUUCAGGGUGGGUUUCCACCAGAAGACAAAAUAAUAUCAUUCAUCAUUCUCAUAAACUCGCUCGACGUCGCGAACGACUACAUAGCUCGCAUUGUCUCAUCCCGCCUCACGCCAACCGAGCCAGCACACGGUUCAAAGGCACCGAAUCCUCUCCAUGAAAUGUUCCCCUUCGAUCAUGACGCCACUUUCGUGGCUCACGCCCUCGAAACGUUGAACGUAACCUUUUCGCACAAGAGUCUGGAACUGAUUGCAGAAGGUCUAAACGCCAUGUUCAAAGAAGUUGUCAAGCUACGGCUCCGGCCCGUGCUUUCAGAAACAUUCCGUGAUCUUGACUACACACUCACCGAAGAAGACCUCGCUGACAUCGCCCGCGAAAACGAGACAGAUGAUGAUCCAGAAACGCUUAACGAUCUUGUUGCUAGGAGGUUCGAGCACAGCUGGGAAGCAUUGAUGAAGCCCAUUCAGCGUCUUAUGACACCGAAAUGCUUCACGGGAUUAUUAGAUCGCACUGCAGACCAUCUUGCGAAAAUGCUUGAGAAGAGAGUCUGGCUUUUCUCUGGGAAGAUGAAUGCCCUCGGUGCGCAGAGAAUGGAGCGAGACUUCAGCGGCAUCAUUGGGGUUGUUGCUCGAGGAGGAAGAUAUGCCGUUAGAGAUGCGUUUGCAAGAGUUGCUCAGAUAUGCAUGCUCGUAAACAUGGAAGAUGAGGAAUGGGAUGCGCUUAUCGAGGAGGAGCAAGAAGGAGACGAGGAGAUGGCGUGGGUCCUGAGUGAAGAUGAGAGAAGGAGGGCGAGAGCAUUGGUCAGGGGCUAAAAGGAAGGAUAUCUGGCAUGAUGGCUGUAGAGAUUAUCCCUUCGUCCGGUGAGACAUGUCCAGCGUCAGGCAUCACAGCUAAGCGGUACGUACCUGCCUGGCGCUAGACAUGUCUU